CGAAGAACUUAGCCACAGCCACCAUUUCAUUUCAAGUCACGUUGAUCGUAGCAUGUUUACAGUAUGUUUGUUUAGAUUCUAGAUUCUUGAGAAACAUUUCAUCUUACACGGUCUUAUACAUUUUACAGUUGAUCUUAAACUAAAAUUUUAAUUUAAAACGAUAACACUGGAUAUAAUAUGCCUAGAAAUAACAAAAAGCAGAUCUUACAUUGGUUUAGAAAAGGACUUAGGCUUCACGACAACCCAGCACUAAAAGAGGCUUUAAAAGGAGCUGAUACAUAUCGUUGUGUAUAUAUUUUAGACCCUUGGUUUGCAGGAUCUACACAAGUGGGAAUUGCUAAGUGGAGAUUUUUGCUGCAGUGUUUAGAGGAUUUAGAUGCAGCAUUAAGAAAACUGAACUCACGACUUUUUGUCAUUAGAGGACAACCAACAGACGUGUUUCCUAGAAUAUUUCGGGAAUGGAACAUUACAACUUUGUCUUUUGAGGAGGAUCCAGAACCAUUUGGUAAAGAAAGGGAUGCUGCUAUAAGACAUUUAGCCAAAGAAGCCGGUGUAGAAGUCAUUGUCAAAACCUCACAUACAUUAUAUGAAUUACAAAAGAUAAUAGGCUAUAAUAAUGGUGUACCUCCUCUCACAUACAAACGAUUCCAGGCAAUUCUAUCAAAGAUGGACCCACCCAAACAGCCAGAAGACACUAUCACUAGACAAUUCAUUGGCCAUACCAAAACACCUAUUUCAGAAGACCAUGACGACAAGUUUGGUGUACCAUCACUUGAAGAACUAGGUUUUGACACAGAAGGUCUUGGACCAACAAUCUUCAGAGGUGGUGAAACAGAAGCAUUAGCCAGAUUAGAGAGACAUUUGGAGAGAAAGGCAUGGGUUGCCAGUUUUGAGAAGCCAAAAAUGACCACACAGUCACUGUUUCCCAGCCAGACAGCACUAAGUCCUUACCUGAGGUUUGGUUGUUUGUCUUCUCGAACUUUUUACUGGAAGCUGAGGGAAUUGUUUAGAAAGGUGAAGAAAAGUAGUGAUCCCCCGUUAUCAUUACAUGGUCAGUUGCUUUGGAGAGAGUUCUUUUAUUCUGCUGCCACAAAUAACCCUAACUUUGACCAGAUGACAGACAACCCUAUAUGUGUACAGGUUCCGUGGGAUAAAAAUCCAGAAGCUUUAGCAAAAUGGGCAGAGGGCAAAACUGGUUUUCCAUGGAUAGAUGCAAUAAUGACACAGCUAAGACAAGUGGGGUGGAUACAUCAUCUUGCAAGACAUUCUGUGGCAUGUUUUCUGACGAGAGGAGACCUGUGGAUAUCAUGGGAGGAAGGCAUGAAGGUUUUUGAUGAGUUAUUAUUAGAUGCUGAUUGGAGUGUAAAUGCAGGCACGUGGAUGUGGUUAUCAUGUAGUUCAUUUUUUCAACAAUUUUUCCAUUGUUAUUGUCCUGUUGGGUUUGGUAGAAGAGCUGAUCCCAGUGGUGACUUCAUCAGAAAAUAUUUACCAGUACUUAAGGCUUUUCCACCAAAAUAUAUCUAUGAGCCGUGGAAUGCUCCUGAAAGUGUCCAGAAAGCUGCUAAAUGUAUCAUUGGUAAAGAUUACCCAUUACCAAUGGUCAACCAUGCUGAAGUCAGUAAAGUAAACACAGAACGAAUGAAACAAGUCUAUCAACACUUAGCUUUAAGAGCUUCAGCUGCUGCAUCUAUACCAAAGCCUUUACAUGAAGAGUUCGCCAAGCAUGGUAAAGGUCACAAGUCUGGUAAUCAUCCAUCCAAAAUGCCCAUGAUGGCUGUUGGAAAUAAUUAUACACAUAGUCAGACAUCAGAGGAAAAUCAGCCGCAACAAUUCAGAGGUUAUAACAUGACAACUAAUUGAACAAUCAAGAUACUUCUGAAGUUUGUCCUUGAAAUGACGACUAAUUGAACAAUUCAGAUACUUCUGAAGAUUUUAGUUGUACCGACAACUAAUUGAACAAUUCCAAUACUUCUGAAGUUUUUAGUUGUACCGACGACUAAUUGAAAAAUUCAGAUACUUCUGAAGUUUUUAGUUGUAACAACAACAUGACGAGAAUUUAACAAUUCCAAUACUUCUGAAGUUUUUAGUUGUAACAACAACAUGAUGAGAAUUGAACAAUUCCAAUACUUCUGAAGUUUUUAGUUGUAACAACAACAUGACGAGAAUUGAACAAUUCCAAUACUUCUGAAGUUUUUAGUUGUAACAACAACAUGACGAGAAUUGAACAAUUCCGAUACUCCUGAAGUUUUAAGUUGUAAUAACAACCUGACAACUAAAUGAACAGUUCAGAUAGUACAGAAACAAACAGGUGUGAUGAGGCAAAUUAAUAAUGUACAGUUAUAAAUGAUGUUAAACCUUAAAAAUACAUUCUGUGUAUAUAUAUUUUAUAUUUACAUUAGUUUGAAUUAUCUAUUUCUUUAAAAUAUGAAGUUGGCAGAAUAUUGUAGAAGCAUAUACAUAAUGUCUAAGAUUGAUUUUAAUAUUGAAUGCUUCUUUCUGUAGUGUUAUCAGUGUUUAAAGCAUUGUUAAAAGCACAUAUUUAAGCAUAGAAUUAUGACAAAUAAUUCACUUUAACAUUACCAUUUAAAACACCUCCAUGAUUUUUAUGAAGAAUAAAAAUUAGAAAGGAAAGAGAGUUAAUAUUUAUGUAAUAUAUGGUGCAGAAUUAUCUUAUCUUGUUUUUAUGCCUGUUCUAUGAAAAAAUGCAUGUUUAGGUUUGUUGAACAAACAAAUAUUUAAAGUGGUCUAUCUUUGACAUUGAUAUUAUUGUUCCAGACAGAAUAUUGUGCUCCAGUGCUAAUGCACAGUAUAUUGGUUUUAUUAUAUUAUAUACAUGAUUAAAUACCUGUAGACAAUCGUAGAUCAGGGCUGAUAUGCUUUAAACCAUUUAAGUUAAGAUAUCCAAUGUAGGAAAUCUGUAAGUGUUUGUUCAGAAUAAAUCUUAACGUUAGUAGUUUUAUGCAUAUCAGACCUGGCCUUCAAUUAUAAGAUGGCAAUUUAAAUUGAUAAAUGUAUACCAGUUCACAUUUAUAUGUGUGUAUUUAUUUAUAAAUAUUCAACUGGUCACAUUUAUAUAUGGUUAUCUUCGACAUGGUCAGAUGUAAAUCACAUGUUGUAUUUUAUUAUGUUGUGGUUCAAAAACAACAACACACUUGUUAUAGUUGAAUAAAAUAAUAAGUUAUU